UCGGGUUAAUUGCGUGAGAGUUGGCAGCCUUAUGGACAUUUUUGUGUUGACAAACCCGCCUUUUAUACUUCCGCAUCCGGUAUAAACCGGAAAAAGCCCUCGUGUGUCAGCAGUGAGCACGUGCAUGUGUGUGUCUGUGGAGUUUGGUGUCGUGAUGUCAGUGGAGCGUGUGCCGUGGUGUGAGGGUCUCCAACAGCUUCCAGCAGACAUGAUGAGCCCUGUACAGUCAGUCGCUGUGAACACUGAUCUCUCCAUGAAGGACAUCGAGCUUCUCCACACUCGUAUUAAUGAGUUGAGGAAGGAGGUGUCAGUGCUACUCUACAAAUUAUUUACACACAACCCACAAGCUGCGCUACAACACCAGGCAGCGUUUUGUCCUGGACUGAAGACUGAAGUGAAACCAGAAACUGACUCUGUUGUGAAACUUGAAUUGUGUUCAGCUUCUGAGUGUAAAACUGAACCACAUCACACACACAUCCACCAUGAAGACCUGCACACACUCACAUGGAUGGAGGACCACAUGGCUGUUUGUAAAAACGAACCUGACCCAGUGGAAAUUUCACACACUACACACACACACGCUGAUGAACACACACCACACAUUCGCGUUGAGACUUGUUCAGUGAAGUUUGUGGAUUGCAGAACCUCAGACAUCACACACACUACUGAAGAACUCAGUCUGAUGAAGCAAGGACAUGAAGAUGAUACAGAUGAUGACUGUAGCAGUGAUGCUCCACCUACCAGAGGAACAUCUAAGAAAACAGGAGUAAAAGCAAUGAGACGCUCCAAAUUGAAGCCCCACUGUGAGGAACCCUCUGAGAGGCGGUUCUGCUGCUCCAUCUGUGACAAGAGCUUCACUAUAGAGUUCAAUCUCCUCAAACACAUGAAGGUCCAUUCUGGAGAGAAACCGUUCCACUGCAGUCACUGUGGCAAAACCUUCACCCAGUUAUUCAACCUGAUGUCUCACCUGAGGACACACACUGGAGAAAAACCUUUCCAGUGUAGCCAGUGUGGAAAAAGUUUCUCUUAUGCCUCCAGGCUAAAAAAUCACCUGAGGGGACACACUGGAGAAAAACCUUUCCUCUGUAGCCAGUGUGGAAAACGUUUCUCUCAUGCCUCCAAUCUAAAAACUCACCUGAGAACACACACUGGAGAAAAACCUUUCCUCUGUAGCCAGUGUGGAAAAAGUUUCCUUAAUUCCUCCAAUCUUAAAACUCACCUGAGAAUCCACACUAGAGAAAAACCCUACGCCUGUCAGACCUGCGAGAAACGCUUCUCAGAAUCCUCCACGCUCAAUAGGCACCAGAGAACACACACUGGAGAAAAACCCUACGCCUGUCAGACCUGCGAGAAACGCUUCUCAGAAUCCUCCACGCUCAAUAAGCACCAGAGAACACACACUGGAGAAAAACCUUUCCUGUGUAGCCAGUGUGGAAAAAGUUUCUCUCAAGCCUCCAAGCUAAAAACUCACCUGAGAAUCCACACUGGAGAAAAACCCUACGCCUGUCAGACCUGCGAGAAACGCUUCUCAGCCUCCUCCACGCUCAGUACGCACCAGAGAACACACACUGGAGAGAAUCCGUACUGAUGUAUGACGUGUGGGAAGAGUUUUGGACAGUCGGCUCACCUCAUGAAGCAUCACCGCUCACAUAAUCGCAAAUCAUUUAAACGUUCUUCAGAUCCGGAUUAUAGACAUUAAUUCCUCUUCACUCUGAUUUUCAGCAUCAUCCAAGAUUAAAUAUGUCAUGAUUUUUUUCCCUAAGUUACCCACAGUGCCAUGCUGAUCAGAUGAUGCUAACAACAUCUCUAUCUACAGGGUGUGAUCCAGUAGUGCUUUAGUUUUUCCAGCUCCUCAUGUGUACACUCAGCUACCAGAGCUUUCCUGAGUCCUUCAUCACCACCAUCACACUCAUCACGUCACAGCGCUAAAGAGAGCAGAGUUAACAAGGAUCUGGAGUUCACACAGAUCUGGUCAUUAAUGUUACAGCCAUAUAGUGACGUUCCCACUUACGCACCUUGCUUUAGUGCUGAAUGGUUUCUCGACUGUUCUGUGUAGAGCAGUGCUGAGGUGUGAUGUUCUCUCUGGACUGUGUAAUCAUCAUCAUGUUCUCUCUGGAGCUUUGACACAAAACACUUUACUUCAUUUUCUUGCUUUGACUGGUUACUGUUCCCUGUUUUAUUUGGUUAGGUGAGAUGAUAGUGUUUUACACCUAGUGGACAGCAGACAUGAACACGGUCUAGUUCACACUAAUAUACACACACACACACACAC